CUGCUUUGUCGUCCAUAUCAUACACACCUAGGCCUCGUCGUAGUCGUCGUAACUACAUCCUCAUAGACUCUCACUCUCUUCGACAACUUCAUGAUGUCCUUAGGACCUGGUGCUGCUGCUAAUAAAAAGGCGGCCUUGGAACAGCUCAAGUUCAAGAAGAAGCAGAAACAACAGAACACCUCUGUGGAUGAGAGUGUCCUGCCUGCGUCUGCUUCGUGGACGGCGGCCGGCACGACGCUGGACAGACCGCCCGCGCAGUCGCGCGAUGCGACGAUUCCAUCGCGCUAUUUCUCCGCGACUCCCAUCUCACCUGGCAAUGUCCUUGCGCCUAACUCAAGCCCUCCUCCUCACGAUCCCAGUCAUCAUUCCAAUCGGUCCUUCUGGCAAUCCGACAGCCUUGGAGAUGGCAUUCCUGGCCUCAUUCAUUCAGAGCCGCCAUCGCAGCCCUUCACGCCGGUACGCGUUGAUCCGCUGACAGCACCCAGUGGAUUUGUGCGAGGCAACAGCGUCCCACACGCGUCGUUUACGCGUCCUUGGAAUGGCAAUGGGAGACAGAUGUCGGAAACGGAGGAUUCGGGGGAUGGGGAGCGUCCCCGCAAGAGAAUCAACCGUGGUCGCUCACCGAAGGAUCCAUUAGACCUCUUGACCUCGCCCGAGUCUCCUGAGGUUCAGGCACCAGGCCGUAAACGCAGAGUCAAUGGCACGUUCUCAUUGUCAUCAAUAUCUUCUGACGAGUCCAUCUCGGAUGCCAUGGACGUUGCUGGCCCCUCCAGAUCACGCAUCGUACGGCACGCGCAAUCACCUCAGGAGCCACCGUCGUCUUCUCAGCCCUCUCAAUCCGAAAGCGAAGACCCUAGGUUCACUCGUUUCAAAAUGGUACAACCUCUGCAUCCGCUCAGUGUUGUUCGUGCUGCAUGGGACCAGGCCGGAGGCGACGUCCAGAAGGCAUCGGCCCUUCUCACCGACCCCAGUUGGCGGCCACCGUCAGCAUCGAAUGGAAAACCAGUAGCGCGACCGACGGCUGAGACAGGACGAGUGAAGGAGAUUGAUGAAGCUAAUAAGGCUCAGCGUGCUGCUAUAAGAGAGAGGGGGAAGCAAUCUAUGAUAUACAAGAGCCGACCAGCCCUGGAUGGCAAGCCCCCUUCCAAGCCCGGCCCGUCGACCCCUUCCCUCGCUGCAGCGGACCUGGAACCUCCCCAAACUCCUGGCAGCCCAGUUGUUUCGCAGGCUCGAGUUAAGCGGUUGAAGCGCAAGGUCAUAGACUCCGAAUCCGAGGCGGAAUCCGUUGACAGCGAUGCGUCAGCCCGCGUUGCAAGACCGAAAGAGGAUAGUCGCCAUGAGCUUCGCGUGCUCAAUUACUUUAACACAGCUGCUGCCGAGGGCUUGCAGGAGAUUACGGGCUGCACCGUUGAGCAAGCCAAUAAAAUCAUCGAGUUGCGACCAUUCUCUUCUGUGGCUGAUUUGCGAGCGAGACUAUCGCAAGGCAAGAAGAAAGCGGGACCGGCUGGAAUCAGUCCACGGAUGUUCGAGGACUGCGUGGCUAUUUUCGAAGGCUACGGCAGGGUUGAUAGCAUCCUCCAAGACUGUGAAGAGAUUGGAGCCGAACUCAAGGCUGAGAUCGCUUCGUGGACAAAGCAUUCGCGAUCCCGCGAUCCUUCUCUUGGAGUCGAGAACACGAAUCCGACUGACGGGACUCUCAGUCUGCAUGACCAGGCUGACCUGACGGAUAGCAAGCCAAGCUAUUAUCUGACAUCCCAGCCAUCAUUGCUAGAGGAGGGUGUACAGUUGAAGGAAUACCAAAUGAUUGGUAUCAAUUGGCUCAACCUGCUGUAUCGCAGGAAGCUGAGUUGCAUCUUGGCCGAUGAGAUGGGCUUGGGCAAGACCAUCCAGGUCAUCAGCUUCUUUGCACAUCUGAAAGAGAAGGGACGCCACGGGCCUCAUCUCGUUGUCGUACCAUCCUCAACUCUAGAGAAUUGGUGCCGGGAGUUUGAUCGUUUUGCGUCUAACAUGUCCGUAAACACCUACUACGGUGGCAAAGAGGAGCGUCCUGCGUUGCGUCAAAGUCUCUUGGAGACGCGGUAUAACAAUAAGACGGGUGAAGGUUGGGAGGUCUUGAUCACGACGUACAAUCUCGCGCAAGGCGAUGAGAAGGAUCGCAAGUUCUUCAGGAAGAUUGAGUGGGAUGCUUGCGUAUUUGAUGAGGGACACGUCCUCAAAAACUUCCAAUCCCAACGGUACCAAACAUUGCUUCGAUACGAGUCAAGAUGGAGAUUGCUUCUCACAGGAACACCUCUUCAAAACAAUCUCCAGGAACUAGUCUCUCUCAUGAACUUCAUCCUGCCUCAGCAGUUUGCAGCUGACCUUGACUCUCUACGUGCGGUCUUCAAGACGAAGGGUGACUCCAAAGUGACAUUGCUAGCUCAAGAACGUGUUUCGCGAGCCAAGAAGAUGCUCACGCCGUUUGUUCUGCGAAGACGCAAAGACCAGGUUCUCAAGGAUCUUCCGAAGAAGAACGAGCGGAUCGAGUGGUGUGACAUGACUCCUCUCCAGAGAUCUAUUUACAACGAAGCGCUGCAGCGGUCGAGGAAGACAAUCUUCGAUGUCGACGCUCAGGCCGCUGAGAUCGUGGACGAACCCAAGCCAGCGAAGAGGACCCGCGCGAACACACGCCCGAAGGAUAAGCUGUACGUUGAGAACAGCUCGAACGUCCUCAUGGAUCUGCGGAAGGCUGCGUCGCAUCCCAUGCUUUUCAGAAGACGUUUCACGGACGACACGCUUACGCGUGUUGCCAAGUUGCUGUUGAAGGAGCCUGAUUUCAAGAGGCGGAAGGCUGUCUUCCAGUACAUAAAGGAGGAUUUGGAGGUUAUGACUGAUGCAGAGCUGCAGGAGUACUGCGCAUCGUAUAACUCAACUCGCAAGUUCCUCCAGGCGGAGAGCUGCUACCUGGAAGCCGGGAAGGUUAAGGUUCUCAUGCAGCUGCUCGACAAGUACCAGGCCGCAGGACGUCGUGUCUUGAUAUUCUCGCAGUUCACGCAGAUUCUGGAUAUCCUUCAGAAGGUGCUACAGCAGAAGUCGAUCAAGUAUCUGCUGUUGACCGGUUCGACUCCAGUCGAUAACCGGCAAUCCCUUGUCGACGACUUCCAUACCGACGAGUCCAUCACCGUGUUCCUACUUUCCACGAAGGCAGGCGGCAUGGGCAUCAACCUCACUGCAGCUAGCGUUGUGAUCAUGUUCGAUCAAGACUUCAAUCCGCACAAUGACAAACAAGCGCAGGAUCGUGCUUAUCGAAUAGGCCAGAAGCAGGACGUCGAUGUCGUCAAGCUCAUCACGAAGGGCUCAAUUGAAGAGGACAUGCUGGCACUUGGUCAAACAAAGCUGGCUCUUGAUGAAGCCGUUGCGGGCGAAGAAGGAGAAGAGGAGAAGGUGGAGAGGGAUAUGAAGACGUCUCUGAUGAACGUCGUGCGGAAGAAGCUGCAGGAGACACAGGACGAAGAUGUGCCGAUGCCUGAUGCUGAGCCUAUAGAUGAUGACAUCGGCAGUCCGUUGAGCGUGCUGGACGACACAUAGUUAUUAGACACUUAUCAUGGAGAGGAUUGGAGGACUUGGAGAUCUAUUGCUAUUGCCCGAUGUAUUUAUAUCCGCAAAUGCAUCAUUCCGUCUAGAGCAUUGGAUGUGCUCCAGAAGUCGCGGUGUGGUCCAACAUAGUAACGAUCCCUCGAGGA